AUGGCAGCCGUGUUCCUGCCCGGCAACCUCCAGGACGAGGCCACUUGCUCCGUGUGCCUGGAGUUCUUCAAGGACCCCGUGUCCAUCGAGUGCGGCCACAACUUCUGCCGGGCGUGCAUCGUCAAGAGCUGGAAGGACCUGGAGAUGGAUUUCCCGUGCCCGCAGUGCCGCGAGGUCUUCCAGAACAAAAAUUUCCGCCCCAACCGGCAGCUGGCGAACAUGUCCGAAAUCAUCAGCCAGUUCGCGCAGCGCGGGGCCAAGGGAGCGGAGGAGGACGGGCUGUGCCCCAAGCACCGCGAGGCGCUCAAGCUCUACUGCAAGGACGACCGCAGGAGCAUCUGCGUGGUGUGCGACCGGUCCCGCGAGCACCGCCCGCACGCCGUGGUGCCCGUGGAUGAGGCUUCCGAGGAGUACAAGGAGAAAAUCCAGGCGCGCUUGGAUUUCCUGCGGAAGGAGCGGCAGGAGCUGCUGGAGUUCAAAGUGAACGAUGAUAAAAAAACCCAGGAGCUGCUGAAAACCAUCGAGGGCGAGCGGCAGAAGCUGCUCUCAGACUUCGAGCGGCUGCGGCAGUUCCUGCACGACCAGGAGCACAUCCUGCUGGGGCAGCUGGAGAAGAUGGAGAAGAACAUCUCCCGGAGGCAGAACGAGAACAUCACCGACCUCUCCAGGGAGAUCACGCUGCUCAACAAGCUCAUCGCCGAGCUGGAGGAGAAAAUCCAGCAGCCCAUGCUGGAGUUCCUCAAGGAUGUGACGAGCAUCAUCAGCAGGAGCGAUGAGGUGAAGUGCCAGAAGCCUGUUCCUGUCUGCACCGACAUGAAGAUGCAUGUCUGCAACUUCUCCCUCAAAACCGUGCUCCUGGAGAAGGUCUUGAAGAAAUUCCGCGAAAACCUGCAGGAUGAACUGGGAAGAGGUGAAAAAGAGGACCUGACCCUGGACCCCGACUCAGCCAACCACCUGCUGAUCCUCUCGGCCGACCUCAAGAGCGUCCGCAUGGGCUGCAGGAAGCAGGAGCUGCCCGACAACCCCAAGCGCUUCGACACCAACUCGCGCGUCCUGGCCUCCACAGGCUUCAAGUCGGGGCGGCACUACUGGGAGGUGGAGGUGGGGCCCUCGGACGGCUGGGCCUUCGGCGUGGCCAAGGAAUCCAUCCGGAGGAAGGGGCUGACCCAGUUCUCCCCCGAGGAGGGCAUCUGGGCCGUGCAGCAGAACGGGGGCCGCUACUGGGCCGUGACGUCGCCACAGCGCACGCCGCUGUGCCUGGGCGGCCGCAAGCUGAGCCGCAUCCGCGUCUACCUGGACUACGAGGGCGAGGAGGUUUCCUUCUACGACGCCGAGAACAUGCAGCACAUCUUCACCUUCAACGUGGCCUUCCAGGAGAAGGUGUUCCCCCUGUUCUCCGUCUGCUCCACGGUCACCUACAUCAAGCUGUGUCCCUGAGGCGCCGCGGGCUGGGACGAGCCUCUUCCUGCUCCUGCCCGUCUCCAGAGUGAGAAAAAGGAUCUCCAGAACCCCUUUUCCAACUGAUUUUGGUGCUCAGGAGCCCGAGCACUCCCAGCCCUCCCUCCCGGGCUCCUGGGUGAGAUCAAA